AUGCUUGAGGACCACCGCAGCUCCUACGAGCUCACAAUGGAUGAUAUCAGGGAUGCCUAUGACGUCUGCUCCAUGAUCCCGGCCCCGAACGAGCGCGCGGCAUGCUACUCGUGCUACGGACUGGACGGCAGCCGCAUGGCCGAUUACUACGACCACGUCACCGCCCUCGAGAGCGCACUCGCGGCCGCACCCGCGGCUGCAAGGCCCGCCGGCGCGGCGCAGCGAGAUGGCUGCGCCUCUGUUACUGCCUCCAUGGCGGAGUGA